AUGCGCGGUCUUCGGAGAGCAGCAGCAGCAGCAGCAGCAGCUGCUGCUGCAGCUGCUGCUGCUGCUGCCGGGGUCUUCCUUAUAACGGAGACUGUCUCCGGCUCCAAUGUCUCCUUCGGCACCUCCCCUAGGACAUCCCCAGGGGCCCCCUCUGGGGGCCCCUCUGGGGGCCCCCCGGGGGGCCCCCCGGGGGCCCCCCGGGCGUCUCUGAAUUUUGAAAACCCCCAUGACCCUCUUUACGGAGGGUCAAGGAGACUGGUGGGGGGCCCCCGUCGAAGUGUCUCCUUUGAAGAGCUGGCAGCAGCAGCAGAGAGCAGCAGCAGAACUUUUGUGUCUCCUGUUUAUGAAGUUAAAGUGAAAAGCGAAGAGAGACAGUCUCUUAUAGAAAAGCUGCAGAGGCAGGGGGCCCGGGGGGCCCCCCAAAAGGAGACACCAAAGGAGACACUGGGGGAGACAGGAGAGGAGACAGAAAACGAAAAAGAAAAUAAAAACGAGAAUAAAAAUAAAAACCAAAAGGAGACAAAACGCAACUUCAAAAAGGGGACCAAAUGGAUUCCGCAGACUUUCCGGGAAGUGUCUCUCGCUGAACAAGGUGUCUCCUUUUGGGGCAUCGACUCGAACACGAGCAGCGGGGCGCAGGUGUACGUGGACCUGCAGUGUACGUACACCGGAGAGGCGGCAGGAGUCCCCUUCGUCGUGGGGCGCUUUCGAAAGGAGACACUUCAGUUUUACUGUUUUUUGGAAAGUGAAAUAGACCUUUUGACGCGGAGUCCCGAGUGCAUCGACGGCUGCAUGCAGCCGCUGCCCUGCCAGGGGGCCCUCAGUCCCCAAACUGUCUCCAAAUUAAAAGGAGACACUUUUCGAAAAGAGAGACACCUCGCCCUCGACCCCGACCUCAUCCUCUCCGAGUUUUGCCACACGUCUCGAGUGCAGAAGACGCUGGACGCUUUGUGCGGGCCCUCUGCGGUGGCGCGGAGGGACUCUUCGGACUUGUGGCGAUGUGUGUCUCCUGUCUCCUUUUCGGAGACACUUUUGUCCCCCGAAGAGGGUACUUCGGGGUCUUCCGAGGGGCCCCCGGAGGGGGCCCCCGCCGCCUCGGGGGGCCCCCAAAAGGAGACACUUGCCGCCGCCGAGGGGGCCCAAAAGGAGACACCUGUCUCCUUCAGUUGGCUGCUGCAGGACAAGACCUGCGUCGACGACUGUGGGGCCCCUGUCUCCUGCUACGGACAGCCCACGACGCCGGGGGGGACUAUUCUUGCGGAAGGAGACAACGUCGUCACUCAGCUUUCCAAACAGUUCUGCCCGGGGGCGUGCGAAGAGCGGCUGGUGGGGGGCGUCUACGAGGGCUGCCAGAGCCGCACGCGGGGCGGGCUGCGCUGCCAGGUGUGGGGCCGGCAGCAGCCGCACCGCCACGAGCUGCUGCAGCAGCAGUUUCACAACUUCUGCAGAAACCCCAACAAAGAAAACUACAUUUGGUGUUUCACGGAGGACCCCGACGUCCGUUCGGACGUCUGCGACCCCCUGGCUUUAAAACCCCCAAAAGCAGAACACCAUUUGGGGGCCCCCUUAAUCAGGGGCCCCCUGGGGGCCCCCAGGGGGGCCCCCCAGGGGGCUCCCAGCACGGGGGCCCCCUGGGGGCCCCCCGUACCCUCUCCAGGGUUCAUUAUGCGCGCUUCUGGGGGCCACCUGCUGGCGAGGGGCCCCCUAGGGCCCCCCGGGGGGCCCCGCCCCUUGUUUGCGAAGGGCCCCCCUCCCUCUAAACGACGCAGAGAGCGGCAGAGCAGCAGCAGCAGCAGCAGCAGCAGCAGCACGAAGAACAGAGAAUGUCUGAGUCUGGCGGGCCGGGUGGUGUCUUGUUUGCCUGGGGGCUGGUUUAAAGUGCAGCUGGAAGCAGCAGCAGCAGAGCGAGCAGCAGCAGCAGCAGCAGCAGGUCUGUGCCCCGCGUUUGGGGGCCCCCUGGGGGCCCCCGAGGGUUUGAAAAACAAAACCCUGAUUUGUUGUCUCAGCGGAAAGCUGCGGAUAGGCCGGGUGUACACGCUGAUGAUGGCGGUGAUGCUGAUGCUGAUGAUGACGAUGACGAAUGAGCCGCAGCAGCAGCAGCAACAGCAGCAACAGCAGCAGCAGCAGCAGCAGAAGCAAGCAGGAACGAAUAAAUUGUGCACAAAGGUGGAGGAGCAGCAGCAGCACCGCCUAAUUAUUCUGCAGCAGCAGCAGCAGCAGCAGCAGACACUACUGCCUAGCUGCUGA